AUGUGGACAGAUAUCUUGGGAGGCUUCUUAAGUGUUUUCCUUUUGGUUUUUCAGGGUGUUCAUGAAUCGAAAGGAGUUACUGAAGAUUAUUUGAAGUUGGAAACUCUCUUACAGAAGGUUGUUUCCCCUUACCUGGGGACGUACGGUUUGUACUCCAGGGAUGGCGCUCUCGCUCACUCCUCCUGCAUUUUAGAAAAACGCUUCUUUCGGCGCUCUAAAUCGGGGGAUAUUCUUGCUAAGAAUCCGGUGGUGAGAUCCAAAAGUUACAACAAUCCUUUGUUGACUCCCGUAGCCGAGUAUGAGACAGAAGGUGCAGCUGCCAACAACUCAAGCAUCCGACGACACUCGGUUUCUGAAAUGACCUCCUGCGCCGAGAUGCCGGGCUACUCCAAUCUCACCACCAUCACAGACAAUGGGUCCAAGAGCUCCAUGCUUACCAUGAAGAUCCCACCAUCGGGAGAACAGGAGAGGAUUUCGGCUGCUUCAGUGCAAUGUGUGUCUGAUCAACCCAAAGGACUCUUCUAUCCCAUAGACAACCCGGCCAGGGCAUUUGAGUUAGGCCGGGAUUCGGAUUUGCUCGCCAUCGCUCCCACAGCCAGCCCUGAGAACAUCGUGGACCAGAUUUUAGAAUCGAUUGAUUCCGAUUCAGAUGGAAUUUUCAUUGAUUUUGGCCAACACUGCUCUGGCUCCCCGAGGUACAAUAUGGAUGUGAACAGACAAAGCGUGGUCUGAAGGAGUUGUGCUUUACAAGUCCACCGGCCUCUUUGCCUACUCUUCCAAGUCAGAUAAAGAGGAUGACCUCCCCCCAGAGAAAUGUGGAUAAUCCUGGCUUGAGGAAAUGGUGGUGCCACUUUGUGGUCAGGUUGCAUCUGUUUAGGCUAAGUUCAUAAAGUCACAUUGAGGUCCAUCCAUGACCAGGCUGAGCUAUGGGUAGUGAUGGAGCUUAGGUUUUAUAUCCAGGUUGAACUGAGCCACAAAUUAUAACAAGCCCGAGAUACUAUUCAAUCUCUCUAAAUGUCCUUCAUAAGUGCCCCCUC